AUGAUGUCACGUACGGUUGUUUUUAUUGUUUGUGUCACAACUAUAUUUAUCUCAACACGCUGCGAAGAGAGCGAUAUUUCUUGUGGUUCCGACUUUUACAAGAAACGAAUCGGCGAUGAUUUUUAUUGUUACCUAGUUCAUAAAAUCUCUCGAAGUAAUACGUCAAUUAAUGAACAUUGGAGAACGAUUGCGACAUCAGAUCAAGAUGUAUGCCGACAGUUAUCAGAUUAUCCAAUUAUGGAUAGUGUUUCAAUUCGUAAUAAUGAUGAAUUUGAACUCGUUAAAUUCCUUUAUCGAACAUUUGAACGACAUAAAUGGCUUAUUCAUGCUGACCGGAAUGAUUUUCCGUUAUUAAUCGGAUUAACAUUUAUAAAUAGAGAUUAUCAUUGGUUUGAUAAUUCACCUUUUGAUUACGACGAAUUCUUAAGAGUGGGACAAUUGUCAAAUUUUUCAUCGUUCAGAGAAAAGGAUUGUAGACGAUUUUUCCUUUAUGCUCCGCCAACACAGUAUAUCAGACCGUUCUAUAGCUUUGAUAUGGAUUGUUAUUCACAAUUUCCAGCUUAUUAUAUCAUAUGUCGUUAUAAGUUGGACACUACUAAGACUCCAGAAGGCGGUCCAAUUCGUAAAAUUAAGGACUUUGAUUAUGAUUAUCCGGCUGCCGGUCGAAAAGGAAAGCUAACUGAAGUUAAAGCAACAGCAAGCAAAUUAUUCCAAGAUUGUGCUGUCUGGCAGACAGUUGUAAUUCUUCCGCUCGCAAUAUUUUUGCUUCGUUUUUAUAAAUACAUAUUUUAA